AUGGUUCGCACAAAGCAGACGGCGAAAAAGUCUUUGCCACCAUCUGAAAGAUUGACAAGACUCCGAGCAAAACGAGACCUAAUUAGUGAUAAUAAACAUAAGAUGCAUCGUAUUGCUGGUGGAAUAGUUGCGAAACGGCGUUACAAACCAGGAAUGCGUGCUUUAAAAGAAAUACGACAUUUGCAAAGAACAACAAAUUUACUGAUAGCUCGUGCACCUUUCCAGCGUUUGGUGCGAGAAAUUGCAGAAGCCGCAGAAGUGUAUCUAACAUGUUUAUUCGAAGACGCCAAUUUGGCGGCAAUUCAUGGGAAGCGCGUUACUGUUUUUCCUAAAGACAUCCAAUUUGUUCGUCGUCUUCGAGGUGAAACUGUUCGAUAUGGCUGCUGA